AGACAGAACCUGAGCCCCCGCAGGCCUCCAGGGCAGACUCCAGGUCUUGGCCUCACCCCCGCCCCCACCGGGGCGCCCAGCCCACAGCUCCCCGCAGGAGCGCGCACAGCCCUAACCCCAGCUCCCUCUGCUCUGUCCCGCCGCUUCUAGGCCUGGGGGAGGACCCACAGAGCCCGCGGACACUGAGGCUGCUCCUGGUGGGGAAAACGGGCAGCGGGAAAAGCGCCACAGGAAACAGCAUCCUGGGCAGGAGAUAGUUCGAGUCUAAAGUCAGCACGCGACCGGUGACCCUGAGCCUCCAGCGGGGCAGCCGCGGCUGGGCCGGGCGGGAGCUCGAGGUGAUCGACACCCCCGACAUCCUGGGCCCGCGGGCCGGGCCGGAGGCGGCGGCAAGGGCCAUCUGCGAGGCGAUGGCCUUCUCGGCGCCCGGGCCGCACGCCGUGCUGCUGGUGACACAGCUGGGCCGCUUCACCGAUGAGGACCUGCAGGCCGUGCGGCGCCUGCAGGAGGCCUUUGGGGUGGGCGUGCUGGCGCACACGGUGCUGGUGUUCACGCGCAAGGAGGACCUGGAGGACGGCUCGCUGGAGGAGUACGUGCGCGACACGGACAACCAGCACCUGGCCCAGCUGGACGCCGUGUGCGCCCGCCGCCACUGCGCCUUCAACAACGGGGCGGCUGGCGCCCAGCAGGAGGCGCAGCUGCGGGAGCUGCUGGACAUGGUCGAAGGGGUCCUGUGGGAGAACGAGGGCCGCCCCUACAGCUACCCGGCCUACCGGCGCUACCCGCAACUCAGCCCGCUCAGGGACGCGCGGGAUACGCAAGUCGGCCGCGGGCAGGGCUCCGAGGGGGCGCCCCUGCAGGAGGCCCUGCUGGAGGGACUGUGCCAAUUCCAGAAGGAAUUCGAGAAGGCUCACAGACACCUGCUGAAGAGGGCGCCCAUUUGAGCUGGCGCUGGACCGCAGCCCCUGGAGCCUGAUGCCAUCCUGUCCCUUGCGCUCUCCGUCCCUGGGGGUGUCUGAUGCGGGGAGCGAGAGGCGGGUGCCGUCCCCAGUUCCCCCGCUCGCGCCCCAGGGCCCUCAUCAUCCCUUCC